GACGCCACCCCCACCCCUCUUCUUCUCUUUCCCUUCGCAUUAAUGGCCGCUCUCUCCCUAUCCCCUUUCGUCUCGCUCUCGGAGUAGGACACUCGCCCGCUUCCGGCUUAACCUUCAAGAUUCUCCCUCCUCCUCCUACUUCUUCCCGCUUGGGCGGGCGCGGCACCUUCCGGUUCUGGGCCUCCUAUAUAUAUACGCGCGCGACCGUCCCCCUUCCAUACUCCCUAGCAUGCUCGGCUCGCACCCCGGAUUGAUCGAGCUCGCCCGUCGCCGCGAUGGAUUCGGUGCCUUCCCCCUCCUCUUCUACCCGGGCCACCGCUGCUCCCGGUCCCUGCUGCCGCUUUGACGCGCUGCGGAGGGCGUGCGCCAGGCACGCCGCCGCCGCCGCGCGGGCCGCCGGGUGGGCGCUCGGCGCGCUGCUCACCUGCGUCUUCGCCGUCGUGGGCUCACUCGUCGGAAUCUUCAUUGGUGCCUUCAUGGGGAUGUCUACAGAAAGCGGCAUGUUCCGCGGGGCUGGUGUCGGAGCAGUCUCGGGAGCAGUCUUCUCCAUUGAGGCUGUUGAGUCCUGCAUCGAGAUUUGGAGGUCCAGCCAUUCGGGAAAAUACAGCAUUCUCUAUGUGCUGGACAUCAUCUCUAGCCUCUUCAGCGGAAGAAUUGUGUGGGAGAAAGUCAGUCCAGCGCUACAGCGUGCAGUGCAAAGCCAGAUGAGUCUAAUGAGCACACCGUUCAUCGACAACAAUGACCUUUUUGAAACUGGCAGUACAGGAGGCAUGUCAAGGGCUCUGAUUGAUAGGAUCCCAAAGAUGAGGUUCAGUGCUGCAAGCAAUUGUGACAAGGAAACUGAUAGCAGCUGCUGCUCAGUCUGCCUGCAGGAUUUUGGAGCACAGCAAUUUGUGAGGGCCCUGCCUCAGUGCCAACACAUAUUCCAUGUGCGGUGCAUCGACAAUUGGCUCCUUCGGCACGCAUCCUGCCCACUAUGCCGGGCCGGCGUUCAUAUUGACCAUAUACAUAUGUAAAUAAACUCGCAGGGUGGCACCUGGUGUAUUUUCAUAGUGAAUACCCGUGCUCCUGUUGGAUAUCACAAGUAUAGCUGGAUGUAUACAUAGGUUUUCUCCUUUUUUUUUGUUACUUCUCCGGUCUUAUGUGGGGCUAUGCUUUCAGCUGCACGUUUUUGUCGAAGUAAUACCUGGAUUGGCUGGAUAUGUACAUCUUGAGAACGGAUUGACUAACAAGCUCCCUGAAUUAUGGUCCUGUGUGCU